GGGAACACCUGGCGAGAACCCCAAUAACUACAAACAGAAACACCUGUCAAAUAGCCACAAUAAGAGUGGUCUAAAAGCCACCAGCACCAGUCAACCAUGAAGAGGAUCUUCAACAAGUUCCGAGAGAAAAUAACGUUUAAAGAGUUACCGCCGCCGUACAGUGAACGAGUGCUCGCUUUUGACGUUAAUGAGAAUCAAGGAUUGAACAAUACGAGUAACGCACCUCCAGCAUGCGAAGUCUUAGACUUGCUAGCGAACUGCAAAAUAUCGCCGCCAGUAGAUGACGAUCAAGAUACCAGUGUUGAGUACGCCGAAAUUAAAGACAUGGGUCUUUGGCACUCCACACCAUUAGCACAUCGCCACAAAUCCAAGAUAUCGCUUACUUGGGUGCUGAAAGAAAAUUUGGAGAAUGCGAAACUGACUGGUGAGAAGUUCCAGAGUGAAGAUAGAGUAAAAAACACAAUCAUAAAAAGUGAAAUAGAUAAGAAUCACAAUCAGAAGCCAAAUGAAAUCGAACGUUACAGAAAGUGCAAGCCUAGAGAUGUGAAAGAUAGGGUCGUGGGACGUAAUGAGUAUUACCAUAAUCUUAGAUUUAGAAAUGCGUGUGAAGAGUUUGCUAACGUGCAGGACACGUACUCGGACACUAGUGUGGGCACAGAGGAGUAUGUCAGGAAAAAGCACCGCCAUCGGCACAGGAGGAAGAAGAAAGCCCCAAAUGGAAAAUUUGGCUACGACAUACGAGAUUUGGACAGCUUCCUUAGUGAGGCUACUAUAGACCGUCCAGGCAACAUUCCAGUCGUGAUAGCAUACCCUAGCACCCUGUAUCAGACGCAGAAGGAUGUCCAGCAAGAACUGUCGCUACCGCUGGGCACAGUCGUCAACGCGGUGUUCAAGAACGAGCAGUGGCUGUAUGCGCAGACGCCGCAUGGUGACGAGGGUUAUGUGCUGUAUAGCGCCUGUUUACCGCUGGGAAUACUGCCUAACAGAACAUCACCACAAAAGAAGACGCCAUGUUGGGAAAGCAGUACCGACAUCUACCCGCGACCUUGUGGAAACCUCACAGACAACGAGAAGGAACAACUGCGCGGGCGCACGCGAUCCGAGUGUCGCUACCCAUCCAAAACUACACGACGAAAAUCCAAGAACUCGUGCGCAGAAAAAGACUUUGAUUCGUUGUAUUUAAAGACCAAAUCCGUUUGUUCUAAUAUUGAUAAGAUACAUGAGAAGGAGAAUAGGGAUUUUAGACAAGUGAAGAGACAGACUUUAUUAGUAGUGAAUAGUGAUUACGUGGGGAGUGUGUUGAACAAAACUUUGACAGUGCAGAAGGGGGAUGUAGUGGUCCUUGUGCAAGGUGGAGGGGUUGAGACUGACGUAGACGCUGAGUGGUUCUACGUCAAGAAGAAAGAUGGUAGCCAAGGGUUCAUUCCCGCUGCAGUUGCCGGUCAUGGCUAUAUUUAGCGUUCAAGAAGGAAACCCCUA